GCAAAAGAUUCCCCCCUCUUUUCCCUAGAAAGAAACUUCAAUUCAAUUUUCUCGAGAAACAAACACUCCCUUUCCAUUGCUUCUCUCUUUCUCCGUUCUGGGCUUCUGGCCUUCUCCUUCAAUCCAGCUCAAUCACAGUCAAAUCAUGCUUCUUCUUCUUCAGUUGCUCUUCUCUCUCACCUAACCCACUAUUUUUUUUUAUCCUCUCUCUCUUCCUUCGUUCUCACUUAAACCUAAAGUAUAAGCUAAAACCCACCCCCCAAUUCCCCCAUUUAAUUCCAAUUCGGGAUUUUUUUCUGGGGUUUUCGUCGAUGGGGUGCGCCGGCUCCAAGCUGGACGAUCUCCCGGCGGUGGCGCUCUGCCACCACCGGUGUACCUUCCUCAACGAAGCCAUCGCCCAGCGGUUUCUGUUGGCGGAAGCUCAUCUCGGGUACGUGUAUUCGCUCCGGGGAGUCGCGGAUUCCUUGCAUCAUUUCAUGGGGCAGGAUUUCGGCGGUGGGUUGGAGUCUCCGAAGCUCAAUUUGCCUCCCAAGGGGAAAGGUGUGAGUGUCGAGGAUGUUGGGAAUUCGACGAAGAAGGUUAGUGGUGGCGGGGGAGGCGGCAGGGGUAAAGGUCAUUCCCACUCUCACUCCGGUUCGCAUCUUCAUUUUAUACCCGAUUCGGACGAGGACGAGGAGGAGGAGGAUGAGGACGACGAUGAUGAUUCGGAUUCGCAUCUUCACCUCUCGGAUCACUCGUCUCCCUUGCAUAAUCACGCCGGUGGCGGCGGCGGUGGCGGUGGCAAGCAUGUGAAGUUUAUGAGUUCUGAUUAUAUGCCUAUGUCUGUGGAUCAAAGGCCUUUUCCCGCCGGCGGCGGUGGGUAUCCGGGUGGCAGAGGCGGGUACCCAGAAGGUGGAGGCGGAUACCCGGAAGGUGGAUUCGGGUAUCCGGGAGGUGGAGACGGGUUUCCCGGUGGAUAUCCGGGCGGCGGCGGUGGAUAUCCGGGUAGCGGAGGUGGGUAUCCGGGCGGCGGGGGCGGGUUUUUCCAUAUGAAUUAUAUGAAGAAAAAGGGGACAGCUUCGGUGGUUUAUAAGCAGAGGCCGGCGGCUGCGGAGACCGUUCGUUUCGGUGAAUCUUCUUCGUCUUCUUCUUAUUAUUCGCAGCCUAGUAACAAUUCUUCUUACCCUGUUGAUAAUUCGAGCGCUUAUUCGUAUUUCGGGUACCCGAAUAAUGGUGGUGCCGCCUCCGGCGGCAGCAGUGGAAUGGCUGGUUACUACGGCUCUCCGCCUGCUCAUGGAUCUUCAUCUCUGCCUCCCCAGGGUGCUUCCUCGUCGAAGCCGCCGCCAGCUCCGCCAUCGCCACCGAGAGCUUCAGCUUGGGAUUUCUUGAAUCCGUUUGGGAGUGACGAGAAGUACUAUCCAUCUUACACUCCCAGCAGGGAUUCCAGAGAAGUGAGGGAAGAAGAAGGGAUUCCUGAUUUGGAGGACGAGGAUUAUCAGCACGAAGUAGUUAAAGAAGUACACGGAGAUCCCAAAUAUGUUGCUGAAAGUAAGGGCGGUGGUGGUGGUGGUGGUCAGAGUAAUUAUGAGAAAUCGGCGAUGAUGGAUGAUGAUGAGAUGGAAGCUAAGUCUAGUGGUGGUGGUAGUGGUGAGGCAGAGGCGUCGCUCUACCAAACAAGGGCUAGUGGUGUGUCAAUGGAGACUAAUGGACCUGAGUAUGAGGUGCACGUAGUGGAAAAGAAAGUUGUUGAUAAGGAGAAGCCCGAUAAGAAUGGCAAUGGCGGCGGGUUUAAGGGUCGAGGAGGGUUGCGGGAUGUGUCUCAAGUUGCUGUUGAGAUCAAGAUCCAGUUCGAGAGGGCUUCUGAGUAUGGGAAUGAAAUAGCGAAGAUGCUCGAAGUGGGGAAGCUCCCUUACCAGCGUAAACAUGUUUCAAAGAAGUUGCAAGGUGUUACUCCAUCAUCAUUAUCGUUGUUGUCUUCACAGCCACCUGCUUCCAAUAGCUUGGAGGCUUCAUCCUCGAACGAUAAUGCUGGUCCAGCUUUCCUGGAGAUGGAUGAAGAUCUGGCCUUCAGAUCAAAGAAUCUUUCCUCUACCUUGCAAAAACUGUAUCUUUGGGAGAAGAAGCUCUAUACUGAAGUGAAAGCUGAGGAGAAAAUGCGGGUAGUUCAUGACAGGAAAUGCCAGAAGCUGAAACGUUUGGAUGAGAGGGGUGCGGAAGCUCACAAAAUAGAUGCUACACGAACUUUGAUAAGGAGCCUGUCGACUAAAAUAGGAAUUGCGAUGCAGGUUGUUGACAAGAUCUCUGUCACGAUAAACAAGAUUAGAGAUGAAGAGCUAUGGCCGCAACUGAAUGAUUUGAUUCUCGGGUUGAGUAGAAUGUGGAAAAACAUGCUUGAGUGUCACGAAAUUCAGUGCCAAGCAAUAAAGGAAGCCAAAGGGUUUGGUCCUAUUGGAUCUGGUAAGAAGCUCAGUGAUGAUCAUCUCGAAGCUACAAUGCAACUUGAGCAUCAGCUGCUUAAUUGGACUUCCAGUUUCACCAGUUGGGUCGGAGCUCAGAAGAGUUAUGUAAAAGCCCUAAAUAGUUGGCUUGUAAAAUGCAUCCUCUAUGAACCAGAAGAAACGCCCGAUGGCGUGGCUCCGUUUUCACCUGGGAGAAUGGGUGCACCUCCCGUGUUUGUGAUUUGUAAUCAGUGGGCACAAGCUAUUGAUAGAAUAUCUGAGAAGGAAGUGGUUGACUCUAUGCGCCUCUUUGCAUCGACGGUGUUUAAAUUGUGGGAGCAAGAUAAGGAAGAGAUGCGAAGCAGAAUGAUAACUAACAAGGAUUUGGAAAGGAAAGUUAGGAACUUGGACAGAGAGGAUCAGAAGAUACAGAAGGAGAUCCAAGCAUUAGACAAGAAAAUUGUUUCGGUUUCUGGAGAUGGCGGCGAUGGUUUGUCUGUUACUGGAAAUGUUGUGUAUCAGAGUGAUACUAGCAAUGGCAGCCUGCAAGGUAGCUUACAAAGGAUUUUCGAGGCUAUGGAGAGGUUCACAGCAGAGUCUGUGAAAUCUUAUGAGGAUCUUGUGCAACGUAGUGAAGAAGAAAGUAGAGCUGGAGAACAUGCUGCUUCUUAAUCAUCACAUGGUUCAACCACAUACAGCUUUAUGCAAACUUCACUUGAAGCAGAAGACUUCGCCACCUUGUCACGUGAUUUCGUGGUGAGAUAUGUCUCGUCCCUUCUGCUGCUGAAACUCCUAUGUGAAAGAAGAUUCUGAAAAAGCUGCAGUUGUUCCAUGUGGGCACCUAGGUUUGAUGCUGUUUGAAGCUCAGAAGAAUGGAAAACUGAACUGGGCUAUCAGACCUGGUCUGUAAGUGCCAAUUCCUUCCUCUAUUGGAUCAGAAUUGGCAUAGGCCUUAUAGCUCCUGUAGGGAUAUCAUCACAUCUGACACAUCUCGUCGUGCAUUUACACGGCUGAGAAGGGUCAUAAACAGGGUUCGCUCUGGGGAAAAAAGACAAUGCUGAAGAUGCAAAAUCUGAGCAAGAGCAGAACUAGAUUCAAUUUUGAACUGAGGAUAUUUGGUUGAGUUAUAGGAUCAGUGGGCAGUCCCAGAAUGGCGCAAGUCUUGGAAAAUGCCCACAGAUCAGAUAUAUAUGGUAAAUAACUUAACUUUGAUUUUCUUCUUGGACUUUUUUCGGAAUAUUUAUUACAUUAAAUUCUGUAUAGAUCUUUUCUUCUCCCUGAUAUAGCUCUUCUCAUAGCAAAGGGUCUCUGUGAGGCUCUAAUUAGAGGUUCUUAACAUCCAUCAUUUCGUGUUGCUCCUGCAAUUCGAAUCCUGUAUCACCACUGAACUAGAGAGACUAGGAAGGUGAAUGUACCAUUGUAAUCUUGUUGGGGAUGGCAAUCGAAGCAGAGAAACUAGAUGAUUUUUACAUAUCAUUCAUACAUGUCUCUUCUGUGCUAUGAGAAUGAUUAGCUGUGUGGGUUGUGAUUAGGACACAGUUUGUUUUCUACUAAUCUUGUACUAUUAUUAGCUUGGAAGAGUUUUGCUUAGAGUGAUUGCAACAAUGAUGACAAAAUAUCUUUCUGGCUUUGGGAACACAACAGCUCACAGUACUCUGAUUUGGGGAUAUAGCAAAGAUAGGGCUAAACUAUUUGUAAUGAUUAUCUGUUGGCAAUAACUGUGGGAAGUUGAAGGUGGUUUAACCUCUUUCAGCAUAGGAGGGUUAUGAUGGUGUGAACUGAAUCGAGUUUUGCAGGACUUUUUUUGUAUGCCAUUUGUGACAGCUGAAAUGAAAACAACAGCUUUCCUUUGUUUGUUUUGGUUUGUGAUAGGUCUAGGUAGGCCAGAGGAUCUUGCACGCUUCUUCCUCUCUAAUCUCUUAUCUCUCCCAAACCUUGUUUGGGCCUUUGGGGAAAUGACUGUAAAAAGUGAUGCUCAUCCUGAAUGGUUUUUUGUGGGCUAGAGAGAGGGUGGGUUGAUGUGGAAAUUGUGGAUGGUAACAUGUCAAUUUAGGCGAAUGGUGUGUUUUAAAGGGUAUUCGAGAUUGUAUAAGUUUCAUUUAUUUGAGAUAAGUUAUACUUUCAUUAAGAUACAUCACGGUAUAUCAU